GUAAUUUACUGGUUUCUUACAGGGGGGACAGGGAGGGAAGCCUCAGACGACGGCCGCGCCGGGCUGAGCCGUCACGGCGGCGUAGCGCGGCAGAGUCAGCUGCAUCUCUCCCGGCGCCGGGCCCCGGCCGCACGUCUGCUUGCAGCAGCUCUGGUACGUGCAGCACACGAAGUCCUGCUUGAGCACGUGCUUCACGUAGACGCCCUGCUGGUACGCGGAGCAAGAAGGGCACCAGUAGUCGGCGCAGUAGGCGUGGCCGCACUCGACCGCGAGGCCCUGCUGCUCGAGCUGCUGGCGCGACCGCAUCGUCAGGACCGGCGCGAGGUUGAUGAAUCCGCUGAUCGACUGGCAGCCCAUGGCGUUGCACAGGCUCUGGGCCAGGGACGUCGCGCAGCUGUAGCCCAUCAGAGCCCAAUAAUUCGUGGCGCAGCGGGCACUCGUGCAGCAGCAGCAGGGCUGGCAGCACUCGGCGUCCUGCGGCGAUCGCAACGUGUCCACCUGGAGGUACUCGGCCGCCUCCGCCCACAAGCACGGGGCGCACCAGGCGGCGUAGCAGCACAACGGAAGGUCGGCGCAGCAGUUACAGUUGUCGUAGCAGCAGAGCUGGACGGGCCACGGCGUGCCGGCGACGACGGUCGCCGCGAUGGGGGCGGACGCGGGCUGGGUGGCGAUGACCUCGCCCUUGACGGGCACGGCGGCCCCGGCGGGCGCCUGGUAGGUGCCCUUCUCGGUCGACAUGGUUAUGUCCCGGUUUAAAAAACGCUGCGGUGGCGUCGCCGAGGGUAUCGGGAGCGUCGUUUAAUAUCUCGGGCGCGCGGCGGCUCCGGGUGAGCGCUGAAAUGAGCUCUGGCCGGAUUAGCUCUUGCUCUUCAGUAGGGCCUCGGUCUUCGCUGGAGCCGCUCUUGAGGUUACACGAGAUGCUAUUGAGCCUCCCGGUUGCGUCAAGGGACCGCGAGGGGCGUCAAAAACCGCGUCUAAUGUGUCUGGCUGGA